ACUCGACACCAGCAACUUUUUUCUUUUUUGCACGACGGGAGAAAGGGAGAGGGGGAGAGGGAAAAAAAGGCUUUCGGGUGAGUGGGAUCGCCACAGAGCGCCACACUCGGGGGGAGAAGCAACAUGUGUCCGUGGCUCGCCCUCCUCCGGCUGCUGCCCCUCGCUGUGGCCCUGAGCGCCCUCCUGCCCCGCGGAUCCUCCACCUCCCGCUUCAGCCCCGAGGUGAGUGCCCUGCAAAAUCGAGGGAAGGGGGGAGAGAGGUAAUGCCAGCUCCUCCUGGCCAGCUUUCCUCCGUGCCUCCCUCCUCUUUCUCUCUUAAUCUCCCAGGCUUUCCUUUGCCCGACCUGCUUCUCCGUUCCUUCCCUUGCAUCCCUCCACCCGCCUGCCUUCCCCACUCCUUUGCUCUCUGCUUUCCUCCUCCCUUACGUUCCCCCCCUCCUUUUCUUUUCUUUUCCUUACCGGACAGUUCAUUCUCCACGUUCCCGCUUGGUGCGCUUUUGUUCCGGGGAACCUUCAUUAUUAUUGUUUUUUGCUAUGAAUGAGACCCAUUGGAGAAGAUCUCCCCCUUCUUUCCACCCCUUCACUUGCUGGCUUUCGCACUCCCUUCUUCCUGCCCUCUGCCUCGCUCUCUCAUUCUCUUGCUCCCGCAGUAGACUUCCCCCUUGUUUCACUCUUCUCUCACCUCUCUCUCUCUCCCUCGUUUGCAUUCUGCACUCCUCUGCCAGCCCAGGUUUCUCAUUCCUUCCUUCUGUGCCUUCCCCUCCUGCUAAGUUCUCUUAAAUGCUCCAUUCUUCGAUGUUCUUGUCUCCACUUGUCUGCUGCAGAGAUGGCUCCGUUCCCUCUCUCUCUCCUUUGCUCUCUCUUUCCCUCGGCCUUUGCCACACUCAUUCGCUUUCAGCUUGGCACACAUUAUUCUCCACUUAUAUAUCAACCUCCACCUAAACAGGAUUCUUCCAUCUCUCCAAUGACAGAGCCUUCACCUUUUCCCAUUGACUGGGCGUAUUGAUUUCCCCCCUUUGCUCGAUUGCUGUUUGCAGUUUAAUAUUUCUGCCUUCCUUUUUGCAAAUUCCUUUGUAUGUGUUCUGCCUUCCACAGCACUCCUCCUUUAGGAAGCUUCUGACACCCACCCUUCCCUGGUGGUCAGUAUGGCCUUUCCCAAUCACUCCUGAUCUUUCCCCCUUUUCUUCUUCUUGAGACGCCCCUUCACGAGUCAGGCACGUUCUGAAUUUUCCUUCCUGUAUCUCCCUUCUGCCAAACUUCCCAUCACCUUUGCUCCUAUUCUUUUAUUCACAUUCCUUCUCCAGCUGUUCUUUCCAUCUACUCUUCCCUUGCUUUUUCUUUUACCAUCCUUUGUGUUCAUCCCUCCCCUCUUUUCUUGGAUGUGUUCUGCAGCUGGACAGAGAGAUGGUGUUUUCUAUGCCAAGACAUUUUCUGUUCCAUUCGUUCUUUUGCCAACCUUCCCCAUUCCCUCACUUCCCUGCGCUUUCGUGUUCCAGUUUUGGAUGGCUGUCCCUUUGAUGCAAGCUCCCUUUCUUCCUUGAUUUUGCCCGUCAGCUUAAACACUUUCAUGCCUUCUGCCCCCCCCCCUUGAUGUCUACCAAAAUCCCUUCGUUUUAAGGCCUUUAUUCUCUUUCACAACCUUUUUCUUCCCUUUAGGAGAAAUAUUUCAGCUUAAACUCCCCUAAAGUGGAUGGAAAUCCAGCUUGCCUGUUCCCUUCCCUUCCCUACCCCUUUGUUUAUGUACUUUUAAAGUUUUAUUUAUUUGCAUUUAUGUACUGGGUUCACACACCACCAUUUCCACCCAGACACCCUCGAGGCAGCUUGCAACAGUCCAUCAGAUUGUCAUGUAAUCUCUUCCUUCCUUUCUGUUAUUUGAACUGGCUCCCUGCUCUUUUAUAAAUCAAGUAAUGUUAAGUCACAAUUCAUUCCUUGCUUCUGAGCCUUCACCAUUCUCAACAAGCAGAUAAUUCCCUCUUUCAUUGUGACCCUUUUCCUGUGCCCACUUUGUUCUCAAACUCCCUCCCUAUCUUCCCAUAUCUAUCUGUCUGCUUGUCCGCUUAUAUCUCUCUCUCCAUCCACUGUUUUGAAGGGAGCCUGAAAGAGGGAUUGUUACUUGUGGUGGUCACACUCAUCAUCCCUUUUCAUUCUUUUUUUUUGCCUCACUCAGCCAGACAAAAGAAUUAUGUGUAUACACCAGAGAGAGUGAAGUCUGUCUCAAACUACUUUCAACUCCCUUUAAAAAAAACUUCCACCUGCCCAUCAAUCAUCUAAUCUUAUCUACUUCUUAGUCUGCCAUCUCUCUGCCACCCAUUGAACAUCUCUCGUCCAUAUUUCUCCAUUUAGCCAUACAUAUCUCAGGCUCCCCAUCCAUCAUUCUUCCAUCUUCCUUCCCUCUUUCUUGAUCACACUGCUCUCAGUUACGCAAUCCUUGAAGGAAAAAAAACCCCCAAACAAACCACCUUGGUCUCCUUCCAACUUUUCCUUGGCUUUUGACGGCGUGUCUGUUAUUGUUACAGUUCCUUUCUUUCUCGUCUUCUUUUUGUUCCUUGCUUUUAUUGCCGAUCCAAGCAACUUUUGCUGCUGAAACACACACACACAUUUUUUGUGGUAGCUGGGAAUAUUUUAUGUUAUGGGGGAAGAACCCGAAUCAAGUCCUGAAAUGUCUUCAGAGGAACAAAGAAGUCUGUGGCCUUGGUGGCUGGUUUGGAAGAAAGAGCUGUGAAGGACUUGGGGAUCAAUGAGGGCUAGAAUGAUGGUGGUGGACAUCCACUGGCAGAAGAUGCAACUGGAAGGGUGUUUUUUACCUUGUAACCUAAUUGUUGUGAUAAGUUUGGAAGAAAAAAUGAAUGCAGAGAGAGAGAGAGGAAUAUGGCGAAAGAACCCAGGCAGGAAAAGGGCAGCUUUUCAUGUGGGUGUUCUCAGCCAAUUUUACAAUUGGGAAAAAAAUAAUAACAAGAAGAAAAGGAAAUGGACCCAGCAUAGGAAGGCAGAGGAAAGAACAGUUCAGGGAAGUGGCGAUACCAGCUCUGAAAGGGGGUUGGCGGCUGUGACCUUAAGCCACUGGGGUCUGAAUGCCAGGAAUGAGGAUGUGGGGAGGGACGAGACAAAAGAGGGCCUUGUCUGAACCCUCGAGGAAGUUUGCAAGUUUGCUCGGACAAGAGCGAAGGCCCGGGGAUGGCUGGGGAAUUCACUCUAAGGAAGGCUCUGGCCUAGGAUGAAACGAAGGAGGAGGGCAGGACGGUUACUGUACCCAAAAGCUGCGUGGGCUGUGGGUUGUUUGUGUCUCUUUCUCUUCCAAGGGAUAUUUCUGAGACUUCAGGGAUGAGACACGGUGACUUUUUUUAGGGACCGCUCCAUCCCGAAGCGAGGGAAGGGAGGCAAGAGGGAGUGCGAAGGGAGAGCAAGCGGAAAAAAGCGGGGGCACGGGUCUUUUUUUAUACCCAACGUUGGCGAGUAGAGCAAGGGAAAUUGGGGGGGGGGGUGGAAACGUCGUGGACGGAUAGGAAGGCAAGAAAAUAAUUGGCAACGCCCGAGGGUGUCGAAAUUUGUCAGGCUCCUUGACAUCAUCACCUGGGCCUGCUCCAAGUUCUUUUUUUAAAUCUUUGCCUUAAGGGGGUGUGUUUCUGGAAAAAAAACACGCACACAAGGCCUUUAUGUAUAGAGUCUGAAAUGUAGGGUAUACAUUGCUGCUCACUUUGACCCUAAAGUCCCCAUUUCCCUGUGCCCACUUACUUGACUUAACUCUCAUAAGUAAGGCCAAAUAUAUCAGGAAAAGGUUUAGGCUGCAAGUCUAAGCACACUUACUAGGAGCGAGCCCCAUCAAAUACUUGUUUUGAUUAUUUAUUAGAUUUAUAUCACACCUUUCCUCAAAGUAGCAUGGUUUUCCCCCUUCCUCAUCUUAUCCUGGGAGGUACUUUAGGCUAAGAGACAGUGACUGGCCCAAGGUCACCCAGCGAGCUCCAAGACUGAGGGGGGAAUUGAACCUUGGUCUCCCAGGCCCUAGUCCAACGCUCUAACCACUAUACUACCUUACUUCUGAGUAAGCACAUAUAAGAUUGUGCAUGCAUAGUAUUCUCCUUUUGUGGAGUGUGGAAAAGGAUCUCCUCUGGUGAUGUUAAGAGCUCAAGCAGCUUGGCACAAGAGGAGGCACUGCUGCAGAUAUUUGAACCCCAGGCUCUUAUACAGCAGACGUUGCUAACUUUGUGUCCUCCCAAGUGUUUUGGAGUACAAUUCCCAUCGUCAUGCUGGCCGGGGCUAAAGGGUGAUGGAGAGUGCAGAACCAGGAGUGCAAGCAUCAGGCUGCUGAAGGUUGAUUUAGGGCAGCAUCGCCUUGAACUGGUCUCUGUGGUAGAAUCAUAGAAUUGUAGAGUUGGAAGGGACCCCAAGGGUCAUCCAGUCCAACCCCCUGCAAUGCAGGAAUCUCAUCUAAAGCAUCCAUGACAGAUGGCCAUCCAACCUCUGCCUGAAAACCUCUAAGGAAGGAGAGUCCACAACCUCCCAAAGGAGACUGUUCUAUUGCCAAACAGCUCUUAGGCCAGAAAGUUCUUCCUGAUGUUGAGUCGGAAUCUCCUUUCUUGUGAUUUCAAGUCAUUGGUUCGAAUCCUACCCUCCAGAGCAGGAGAAAACAAGCCUGUCCCCUCUUCCAGGUGACAGCCCUUGAGAUAUUUGAAGAUGGCUUAUCAUAUCUGGUGAAUAGGGAGCCAGCGUGGGUCCUUCAGAGUUGAAGUCCUAUGUCUCUAGAUAAACCAUGUAGAUUGCUAGCAGGUGAAUUCUGUAUUAGGGGAAGGUUCUGAACUGUAUUCAAGGGCAGCCCCAUGCAUAGCACAUUAUAGUAGUCCAAGCUGGAGGGUGCUAGAGAUCAGGGUGGCCAGACUACUGCUAUUCAAGAAAGGCCACAGCUGUCAAACCAACCUAAGUUUCUAUGUUUCUUAAAACUUAGUGCAGUCGUGUGUGUGUUUACUUCAAAGUACAUCUCACUGGCUCAGUGUACCCAAAGCACUAAGCCCCAAACCAUUGUUUAAGUGGGAAAGAGCAAACAGAUUCCUAGGUUGUGGCUGUUUUGUUCCUUCUCUGGCCCAGCUGCUGCUGUUGUGAGUGAAGCUAUGGUUUGGCAAGGUGUUAUGUCUGAUCCCAGACUUGUGGUUUAUCCAUGAAUGGUAAAACCAUAGAACAAACCUUGGUUGCAUCUCAAAAGGCCAUCUUCAGACAGCAUGCUAAGCCAAACCAUGUCUUAGCAAACAGCAGUGCAGGAGGAGAAGUGGUCACAAUCUGCUAUCCAGGAAACCUGCAUGUUUGUGCAUUCGCACUAAACCAUGGCUAAGCUGGGUCAGUGCUUUGUUAUUAUUAUUAUGUAUUGAAUUUUUAUACCUCCUUAUACCAGGAGGUCUCAGGGCGGUUCACAGAACAAAAUCAAAAUAUAAAACCACAAAAUAUAUAAUCAAAAUAAAAACAACAACCUAAUAACUCUCCCCAGUGGGCUUUAAUCAGCUGAUGAAUUGGUUAAAAGGUAGGUGAUUAAUCAGCUAAAAAAAAACCCCUCUUGGAUUGUUUGACAGCUAUUAAAAAUAAAACUUGCAGACAGAGGGGCAGCAGCUGUGUUGUAUCAUCCACUGUAUGAAAAGCCAAAAUUAGGGUGUUCCAAAGACAGGGCUGCCAAUGGCUACCAGCCAUGAUAAGAACACCAGAAUAGAAGAAGAGCCCUGCUGGAUCAGGCCAAGAGUUGAUCUCAUCCAGCAUCCUCUUUCUAGGGGUGGCCAGGAAACUCUCAAGCAGUGUAUGUAAACAAGAAUAGCCUUCUCCUGUAUUUGUGCCCUUCCAGCAACUGGCAUUGAGAGAGGUACACUGUUACUAGGCCUGGAGGUUCUACAGUAUUUCAUUUGUCAAGGCCAGUAAUCACAGACAGACCUCUCUUUCCUUCUGGGAAUGUGGAUGAUUGCCCCUCUAAUGCCCUUCAAGCCAAGCUGGCCAUUGUCAUACCUUUGCAAGUUGCACUGUCUGCCCUCUCAGCUGAUUUUUCAUGGCGUGCCCCUGAGUUCUGGUCUUCCGAGAGAGGGAGAAACAUUUCUCUCUGUAGCUAAAUGACACUUCCAUGUGCAGAGGCAGUCUACCUCUGAGUAAAGAACAGGCACCGGGGAUAGAUAUCAGGAAAGACCUGCCCUGCUUAUGUCUCAGGACGUUCUUUUGGGGUUGCCUGCUGUCAGGAAAUGGAUUGACAGGCUAGGAGGCCCUGUUAAAUGAUCCGGCCAUGCAGUUGCAUUUUGCAGAGGUGGGAGAAUUGCCAUUGCAAAACCUAUCGCAUCACAAAGAGUUAACUCUUCUCCUUUCCCAGUUCUUCUCUCUGUCUUCCCCACAAUAAUUCAUUUGCUGCUUGUUUCCUGGGUUUCUCCCUCUGAGCAACAUCCCUUUUGAAUCACCUGAUGUUACGCAAGGAGAUGAUCUAUAAUGAGUGUCAAUCCUGAACCACAGUUCCUUGUAGAGAUGACCCCCCCUUCCCCUUCUUCUUCUUCCUGCUCUGUUCUUUUCAUGCUGCUCAAUUCCAGUCUCGCCACAAGAGCAGCUCCCGAAAAGCGUUGCAGAGACCAGCAUCUGAAGAUCUGAUCCCAGGCGUCUUAGAUCUGAGGAGAGCCUUGCCCAGCCUGCUUUUCCAAGGGUCACUAUGCCUGAAAAUGGCUGCAGACAGAGUGAUUCACUGUAAAGAUCAAUGGAAGGGGAGCAGUGGGGCGGUGAGCGGGGAGGAACUGAGACAACCACAAGGCCUGUGUGCCUGGCAGGAGCUGACACACAAAGCAAGUGAUAAGUGAAGGAAGCACUUAAUAAAUCCCACUGAAAUUCGUGGAACUUAAGGUUGCAUUUGAUGCUCCCCUGACUGAACUGGGCAGGGGGCAGGGUGUGGGGUAAGUUCCCCUUAGCACCAGCCACAGUCAUCACAGAAUUGUAGAGUUGGAAGGGACCCCAAGGUCCAACCCCAUGCAAUGCGGGAAUCUUUUGUCGCAUGUGGGGCUCGGACCCACAACCCUGAGAUUAAGAGUCUCCUGCUGUACUGACUGAGCUGAAGCUGGUCCAGACGGACAGGCAGAAUAAGGAGAAUGUGUUAUUUUGGGAGUAUUUCAGGUUUCCCCAACUUCCAACCCUCUUACACGGCUCCCCAAAGUGUACUCCUUUAAUUUUCAAAAUAUAUUUAAUAUUCCUCCCCUGUUGUGCCUUUGUAUGAGUCACUGUUCUGGGUAUGACUCCUCUUGAGAUCAGGUGGUUCUUUGUAUUGGGAGCAAUGGAAUGAAUUUAUCAUGCCCUGUUCGUCGCUAUUGCCUUUCAUCCAGUGGAGAAUGAUGGGAAGGAGGGCAAGGCGAUCACGCAGAGGCACAAUGUGUCAGUUCCUGAAUCAGAAGGUGCUUUGGGCUCACAGCAUACUUUUCACAGAUUGGCAGACGGACAGAAAGAUGAGUUGAACGUAUGGGAAUGAGUCGGUGGAUGGGCAGCGAUUGGGGAGGAAAAGUGGAUGGACAGAGAAAGGAAAACAAGAUGGAGUCAAUAGAUCAGGACUGAGGAUGCUGGGCCAGUCAGGUGUUGUUGGACUACAGCUCCCAUCAUCCCUGGCUAUUGACCAUGCUGAUGGGAGUUGGAGUCCGACGGCAUCCAAAGGACUAAACAGGUCCUCAUACCCCGUGAUAAACUAUAUAUAUAUAUGGAAACAGAAGGAAUGCACUGUGAACUUUAUUUGUUUAGUUCAUAAAUUUGAUAUUCCGCUGAAUUGUAAAAACGAAACCGCAAAGUGAUUAUGUAGGUGGAUAGGUGUAUGUGGAGGGGAAGUUUGAUAGUUGAGGGGUGUCCUUUAUAAAAGAUGCCCUACCUCAAAGCAGGAAACAGAGAACACACAAAUGGACUGAUAUGUAGGGAGGAGUGUGGGAAGGGCAGAGACGGGAAUAUGCUGAAAGAUGGAAGCACUGAGUGGGAUUGAUACCAGCAAUUAUUGGGCGGUGAGUCUUUGCCAUGGAUAGUAUGGCUGGGCUGACAGUAUAUGGACAUAGAACAAGGGCGGGGGACAUGUGGCCCUCUGGGUGUUGAUAGACUACAAUUCCCAUCAUCCCCAAUGUGCAUGACCAGUGGGCAGGGGUGAUGGGAGUUGUAGUCCGGCAACUUCUGAAGAGGCCAAAUUUUCCCUACCACUGGGAUAGAAGAAGCACAGAAUACCAAUAGUGCGGAGCCCCGUGCCCCAUUCUCCAAGUCCUUUGUAAAUGGAUUCGUAAUCUGGAGGUUCCUGAACUUUUUACGUCAGAGCUUUGGCCUUCUGGACGUUGCUGCACUCCAGCUCCCAUCAACCCUAUCCGGUGUGGCCAGUGGCUAAGGAUGAUGGGAGAUGUAGUCCUGCAGAGGUCUUGAAAGCCACAGGCUCCCCAGCCCAGUUUGUUUGAUCCACCGUCACUCCAGGCAGCCAGCUAUUUUGUUUUUCUUGAGCUAUCCAGAGCGUGCCUGCAUGCGGUGAGCGGAGCUAGCAGGAGAAGGGCUGGGAUUUGUGGAAAACCUUGUUCUGAGGCCAGGGGUUGGCCUCUAUCUGUGUCUGGUUCCUUCAAACCCUAUGAUUCUGUGGCCAAGCUCUCACCAAAGCGGUGAGCCAAGACUGGGCUGUACCACUUCAGAUGGUCGAAGGGGUGGGCACGUAGGCCCAAACGCCUGUCCAUAUGAAAAUAACCCCCCUGCAUAAAAUAUCAGCACAUCAGAGAGGCGGCUGCUCUGAUAUUCUUUGCCGUGCUCAUCUUCUGCCUGAAGGGCUUUUGUUUUAAAUCAGGUGAGUCCCCCCCCAGCAGAUUGAGGUGGCACAGUCCAGACAUAGGUUUGACCAUCUUAGUGAGAAUGAAGCCUGUAGGUAGAAAUGGACGGAAGAAAGAAAAAAUCCUGAAACAAUUUGUCAUGGCUCAGUCUUCCAUUCUGCAUUUUUUGGGUCGUGUACCCUUUGCAGUGAUUCCGGCUUCACAAGUGCGCUUGUGACCAAACUCGAGAUAUAUAAGCUAAUUGCCAAAUGGCACCUUAAACCUGGUCACUGCAAUGCAAUGUCUAGGCGCCUUUUUUGCGGUAGAAUUUCUUGUUGUCUUCGUUAUGAUUAUUAUUCAUUUCAUUUCUAUACUGCUUAAUAUUUUAAAGAAACAAUCUCAAAAAUUGGUUUCCAACUCACUGAAACGUCGAAUAAAACAACCCAGAAUAAAACAGGUUCAAGCUUCAAAGAAAAUAUUUCAGAUCCUUUUCUAAGUGACAUUUGGCUUUCCCCAUAUUUUAUUUACCUACUUAAUUUGUAGAGCUGCCCCAUUGCAGAAGGGCUCCAGGAAGCCAGGAGCCAUUAAGAGUGUCAGAAUAGGACCUGGGAGAUCGGGGUUCAAAUCCCCACUCGGCCAUGAAGGUCACUGGGCCAGUCACAGCCCCUUAACCUACCUCACAGGGUUGUUGUCAGGAUUAACUGGGGGGGGGUCAACCGUGUACUCCUUGGAGAAAAAUUUGGGAUAUAAAUGCAAUAAAUAAGCAAAACGUGCCUGGGGAAUUUCGACCACUGCUUGUGUCCUUCCUGCCGUCUGUGCUUCUCACACCCUUCUCCUUUCUCCCCCCAGGCCUGGCUGCAGCAGUAUGGCUACUUGCCCCCCGGAGACCUUCGGACGCACACUCAGCGCUCCCCACAGUCGCUCACGGCCGCCAUUUCGGCCAUGCAGCGGUUCUACGGCCUUCAGGUGACGGGCACGGCGGACUCCGAGACCAUGAAGUGAGUUCCUUCCUCCUGCUGCCGCUGCUCGCUUCCUUCCUGGGUCCACCCAGUUCAGCAUUGCCUACACUGGCUGGCAGCAGCUCUCCAGGGUGUCAGGCAGGGGGCCUCGCGGACGCCUAUGUUGCAAUGCUCAGCCUCUGCCACCAUGGCCCUUGGCGUGACGAAUUCUCCCUUUCAAAACCCAGUGGCAACUCUUCUCUGUUUUCACCCAUAAAAGCCUUGGGAACUUCGCUUCACCCCUACCCACAAGAGAAGACCCCUUUUUAAAAAUCUCUUUUAGACCCAUGCCCUUUUGAAGGCAAUAACGCUCUUCUCCCUCCCAAUAAUUUAAUUUUUUAGAGUUGCAUGUUUCUAGAGAAGGCUGCUGCCUGCUUUUUUUUUUGUCUGUGUUUUCAUUCAUUUUGGGGUGUUUGUAGCUGUUUUGCCUUCUUUUCUUUCUUGAGGGGUUUCUGAGCAUUGCUGGGUUUUCUCAUGGGAAAUGCGUGCUUUUGAGGCUCCCCUACAACAGUUUUUGGGGGUUCCAAAUGUGCCCCAGGCCCCAAAUCAUUUGGGACCCCAGUUUUAAGGUGUAGCAGUAAAUAGUAAUAAUAAUAAUAAUAAUAAUAACAAUAGUGAUUUAUUGCAAACCAUGUCCAAAAAAAUGGAUUGUAUUUACAUGGUUCACUGAGGUGCUGUGGCAACUGAAGAGUUCUUGGUCUUUUAGUCAUGGGGUGGGGGUAAAUAAACAAAACUGUUUUGCUUUACUGGGAAACAGUACCAGAGGGGAAUUGUCUCCCUACGUACUGAAACCAAGCAUCAAACAAGCAAAUGGGAUAUAUUUCUCACAGGUCCUAUCAUGGCGACCUUCAGUGACCGUGCUUCAGCCAUUUUGAAAUGAGCGUGUGGCAUAGCUGUCAACGUUUCCCGUUUUUUAAGGGAAAUUCCCUUAAUCCGAAUAGGAUUCCUCGCAAGAAAAGGGAAAAGUUGACAGCUAUGGCAUGUGGUCUGCAACUGUGUGCCUUGGUUGCCUGCCGGCCUAAGUUGGGUAAAGAGGAGAACUGAGGGAGAGGACAACUGUGAGGGCCUUCCUCAUUCGGGGUACACGGUUGAUGAGACCCAGCCUUGAUAAAGCUCUACUGGAUAGGAUAACUUUUCUGAAUUCAAGGAGCACCUCAUAGAUGAUAAAUCUCGAACUCAGGACAGGCAAGACCACCAGUUCAAGAGCUGAGAUUUGUCCCUUGCGAGGUGCUUCCUGCAUUCAGAAAACUUCUCCUAUCCAAACUUCUGAAGACUUGAAGGCCUACGGGCAGUUUUUCCAAAAUGCCGCAUGGCGUUUCUCAAAACGCUGGUGGUGGGAACACGAUAUUAUGAAACCACCUAAAAGGGCCAUGAUGUAACUGAGAGAAAGGCUGGGACUGUGGUUGUGGCUGGGUGGCUGGCUUCCAGUUCCCAGUGCUGGCAAGCAGGCAGAAUGGCUGAGCGGCAUCCUGUCCCAGGGGUGGCCCUAGUAUUGCAUACAGAGCAAGCAGUGUCUGGUGGAGUUAGGGCUGACCAGUGGAACUCCACACCACAAGAGCUUGGCGAGGGUACAAAGAACAGAGGAGGAGGAGGAGGAGGAGAAUUUUAAACAGGACUCAGAAGCAGCUUCCAGGUGGGAAAUGGUGGGUCUUCUAGUGCCAGAUCUACAAAUUUUGCAGUGGGGGGGGCAAAUGUAUGUACUUCUGCCCCCCCCUUGAUUAUGAACUCUCUCUCUGUGGGGUGGGGGCUCAUCUUUCGUGGUGGCAGUGCGUAGUUGCCAACUGCAAUGUGCAACGUCGUCCUUUAAAGCACAUUAAGUGGUUCCUAAACUAUAAGCUAGCAAAAGAUUUAAUUAACUUUUUUUUUACGAGUGUUUACCUUUCCCCUCUCCAUCCCCUCUCUGCUCCCUCUUUCUAAGCUCCCUCCAACCCAGUUUAGUCUAGGGCUAGCACUUGCCUGUCACAUAAUUGCAAACUCCAGCCGAAAGAGCAAUUUUAUUUGCCACGCCUGUUGAGGUAUGCCAGGACUGCCCUCUGCUCUCCUCCCCUGCAAAGCCUCAGCAAGGCUCCACCUUGAAUGGACGUCUCCUGCCUACAAGCAGAGAUGUGCAUUGCCUGGAGCUGGCCUUGUCUCGCUUUCGCCAGCCUUGCCACUGCCAGCCCAGCAAGCUAUGGCCAAGCUGAAGGUGGCAGGCUUGGUGUCUUCUCUGCCUUGGUCAACAAAGAUUGGGAAAGGGAAAAGUCUCGCACAUCUCCACUAUGUUUGGCAUAUAGAGCUAGGUGAAUGGCAGCAAAUUGGCACCCCUUGGCCUGUAUAAAGCUGAUAAACCAGUGUAAGAACUCCGUGCACACGCUGGAUGAUGGGAUUUGUAGUCCAAGGCAUCCAGAGCUGUGGAAAGCUGGUUUGGAGAUCCUUUGCAAAAAGGAAGAGUGGGGCAAGAGAAACCCUUUAAAACAUGUUAUUUGCUUGUCUGUUCUGGCUUAGUGAUGAUACGGGGAAGGGCUGGGCGAGAGGGUUAAUCAGGGAUGAUGGGGCUUGGAGUCCAACAACUUUGGUGGGGUGGGGCUACUGGUUUCCUUAUCCCUGUGCUGAAAGCAUCCCAGAAAGGCUUCUUAUGCUAGGCAGAGGAAGUCAGAAUUGUGGGUGUGGAGGAAGGAAGAGGGAAUUGUGGAACUGGCAAAGAAUGACUUAGUGUGCACGCUGGCAAACGACAGUGCCGGAGAAACAAGUUGGCGUGCGUAUCCCGCCGUUGUUUCAGGCAGCAGCCCCUCCUCAGAACAACCCUGUGAAGCAGGUUACGCAGAGAGACUGCGAUCGGCCUCAGGUCCACCCAGGCAGCUGAGUAGGGGUUCAAAACCUAGGUCUCCUAGGUCCUAUUCUUGCAUGCAAAACUUUGUGCUACUCUUCCACAACACUAUGGCUCCUGAAGCAGAAGCCCGGAACGAUACCCCUCCGCAUGAAUCCAUGGGGGCCCAAUCCACCAAAAAGUUCCCUCGUGCAAUCUUCUAUCUAAUGGAGCUGUCGUCACCUGCCUCCUGCUCUCAGUAAGACCCAGAAUCGGUUGUCUGAGUUACGGGCCGGCGGCUACUGGCUUAGCUUCCUCAGUCUAUGAUGCCACCUCUUGUAUUUCUAUGUUGUGAACUGCCCCUGAGAUCUACGGUUGAAGGGUGGUAUACAAAUUUAAAAAUAAUAAUAAAUAAUAUCAGUGCAAUCAGAGAGCAGAGACAGGGCUUUGCCUCCUUAGGAGUCUUGCUUCUCUUUCGGUCUUCAUAGCAGUGGACAUCGUAUAUGAUCACAGCAUCAUCAUCCUGAAUCGUUCUCCAUUUGUAGUUUCAAGCGGCAGAGGCUGGCUUAUUAUUAUUAUUAUUAUUAUUAUUAUUAUUUAUACCCCACCCUCCCUGGCCAGAACCGGGCUCAGGGCUGCUAACACCAAUAAAACUACAAUAAAACGUAAUAGAAAAAGAAAAAACCGUUAAUUAAAAUACAGGUUAAAAUACAAUUUAAAAUGCAGCCUCAUUUUAGUAGUAGCCUGUAAAUCAAAACCAUAAGGGGAGGGAAACAUGAGGGCCAGACUGAGUCCAAACCAAAGGCCAGGCGGAACAGCUCUGUCUUGCAGGCCCUGCGGAAAGAUGUCAAAUCCCGUAGGGCCCUGGUCUCUUGUGACAGAGCGUCCCAGCAAGUUGGGGCCAGUACUGAAAAGGCCCUGGCCCUAGUUGAGACCAAUCUAACCUCCUUGUGGCUUGGGACCUCCAAAGUGUUGUCAUUUGUGGACCUUAAGGUCCUCCACUGGGCAUACCAGGAGAGGCGGUCCCGUAGGUACAAAUACUCCACUGCCCCACCUGCCUGCUUUCCUGUCUACAGUCCACCCCAGGGUGGAAGUACCCUGUCUGCUUCCUCCCCCUUAGUCUCAGUGUUGCCGUUCUAGGACCCAGCAGGGAGAAGAAUGGCAGACAGAACUAGAAUGAGCUGGCUCUGUCUUCCAUUGGCUCUGACUUUACCUGAUGUUGCGUCCCCAUGUCUUCCAUUCUACCUGUCCCGAUACGCACCAACCCUCACUAGUUUCAAAACGGCUAGAAUGUAAAUAACUAUUCCGACGGAAGCAGCGGUAAAUGCUGGCCAGAUGUCAAGGCAUCAUCAAUCACAGUUUAUCUCAUGCUUUCUAAAAAGUAAGUCUCAAAGCAGUCCAUAAAAUAUGCAAACACUUCGAACUUUUAAAAGCAAAUGCGUCAAUAAAAUACAAUUAUUAUUAUUUUUUUGCUGAAAGCACUCCUCCAACAAUACUGACCCUAUACGAAGGGCACAUGCUACCCCAGCCUACUAAAUGAUUAACACCACAGACAGGCCGGAAAUCGUACUGUAGUAUGAUUCCAAGAAGGAACCAAGGGUAAACAGGAAUGACUUAGCCUGGCAACUGAAAGCUGGCAGUGGUGGUGCCAGGCUUUCCACAAUUCCACAAUCGGGGAGUGAUCACUGAAAAAGCUUUUCUCACAUUGUCCCCCUCUCUCAGAGGUGGCGCAUGAAGAGAGACUGACCUCAUGACAAGUUGCUGAGCCCGGGCAGGUUGUCUGCACGGCUAACAUGGGGAGGUCGACCUACAGAGACUUUGGUGAGAUAGAAAUGUGUUUCUCAAGGGCAGCUGGAACCUUAAAGGGGUCUUCCUUCUUCUAGGGCUAUGAAGAGGCCCCGCUGCGGCGUCCCAGAUAAAUUUGGAGCGGAGAUCAAGGCCAAUGUCCGGCGCAGGCGCUACGCCAUCCAAGGGCUGAAGUGGUCGCACUACGAUCUUACUUUUUGGUGAGGUUGGCAGAGAAGACGGUGUGGGGCAGGGAGUUGAAGGGCUGAUCUGUGGGAAAGGAGAAUUAGCUGUGGGGAUGGCUCUUACAGAAGAAAGGCAGGCGAUAUAGAAUUACGGGGGGCAAAAUUCUGACUUGUUACCAGAAGAAAAUGCAAAUAUGGGGUUAUUUUUAUACACAUUUCGUGUCGUCCUGAUGUUGAAAUCAACGUGGGACUUCAAAGGGGGAAACUUUUAGGAGAUGAGACAGUGAGGCAAAAAGCAUGAGUAAAAAGGCAGCGUAGUGGCCUCUUGAGAAAGACCUGGGAGCUACAUGGAAGGCAAAGUCUGACUCCUCAAGCCCCACUUUCAAUUUCUUGCUCUGCAGCUUCAUUUUUGAGUGCCCCACAUGUAUUCUAGCAAACAUCAUUUGCUCAAACUAAACACUUAAGAUAGGAAGAAAUCUGACGGUCCGAAUAAGCCAACACGUUUAGCGCUACAAAUCCAGGUUUCCAGGCAACGGAGCAGAUUUUUCCCACCCUAUUUUUCAGUGUUUUCCCUGAAAGUUUCCCAAAGUAGCUGUCAGAGGAAGGGCAGAAGUCAUAACAAGCUUUUGGCACCAUUGUCCUGCCUGAAGAGCCAUCUUAAGAGGGGGAAGCAGCUAAAUGGGGUGCGUGACUGAGAAAGGAGGGAGAGCUUGGAAGGUCAUUUUAGCCGGGCAAAAGGAAAUCUGAAGCUGGUUGGACAGGGAUGAUUGAUUAGGAGGAUUCUAGGGAUCCUGAGAGGGAUGUCUAAGCGAUCCCUUUGUGGAAGCAACGCAGGUUCAGAGGCCUACAUGCCUGAGAUGGUUGAGGUAUCAAGACGGGCCUUUCCAAAAUCCUUGGUAUUUCAACUUCUGCUUCCGUUCCAGCAUCCAGAACUACACACCCAAGGUAGGAGAACAUGCCACCUUCACCGCAAUCCGACGCGCCUUCAGCGUGUGGCAGUCUGUAACGCCACUGCGCUUCCGCGAGGUUUCCUACUCGGACGUGCGCGAGGGCCGCCAACCGCAGGCCGACAUCAUGAUCUUCUUCGCCGAAGGCUUCCACGGCGACAGCACCCCCUUUGAUGGUGAAGGAGGCUUCUUAGCCCACGCCUACUUCCCUGGGCCCCACAUCGGUGGUGACACUCACUUCGACGCUGCGGAGCCCUGGACUUCCCGCAGCGAUGACCUUAGCGGUGAGUGGAAGUUUAAGGUGCUGGAAGGACUUUGGGGUGGGGGGAGAUAAAAUGUCAGGAAGAAGAAGUGUAAAUGGUGGCAGACGUGACUGAUGAACCCUUGCGUGGGAAUGAGUCACUAUGAGUAACAACCGGCGAGAAAAAGGAACCCCUCUCUCCUCAUCGGCUCGAGACCAGCCAGAACAUCACUUCCUUUUUCUAGUUCCCCAAAUCUCAUAAUGAAGUGAGUGCUAGACAAAAGCAGAAGGACUUCUUAGGAAGGAAACCCCCUGUAUCCAAUUCCUUAUUUUCUCCUGAGCCCAGCCUUUGUUCGAUCAGAACCGAUAUCUGUGAAAGAAUGGCCCCGUGUCCAGCUAUCCUUGACCCAAGUAGUGCUAAAUUCCCCUUGACCAAGAUUUUUGCACUCCUUGAACCAUUCAGUGUCCUUCAUCUUGAGGGGAUGGUUGACUCUGGCAAACCAUUUGCAAAGGACGCUGGUAAAUCGUUGCUUCCCUCCUCGUAGGAAAUGACAUUUUCCUGGUUGCGGUGCACGAACUGGGCCACGCACUGGGUUUGGAGCACUCGAACGACCCGUCCGCCAUCAUGGCCCCCUUCUACCAAUGGAUGGAAACGGAUAACUUUGAGUUGCCGGAAGAUGACCGGCGUGGCAUACAGCAAUUGUAUGGUAUGACCCCUCUUAACUUCCGUUGUGACUUCUGACCCCUUGGCCUGAUUCCAUUUCUACUCUUAUAUCACUCUCACAUGUCAAUUGUUGUUCCCUUAGCAUGGCCAAUUAAGAGAGUGCUUCAAGGGAAUGGCGGCCAUGUUUUCCUGGCCUACUUUGAGGCUUUCUGCUUCCAGUUCCACUCAGCUGAUUUUCUGACUUUACACUGACAACUAGCUGCUUUCUUUGGAAUAGGGAUAUGCUCCAGAGCGCAACGGAGUCAUUCAUCUCUGUUGUUUGCCCCCUGCCAUUUUGUAAUUGGCGGAAUAGUGCCCUUGAACAUGGAGAUUUGAUUUUAAGUUGUUAUGGCUAAUAAUUCCUCAAAAAAGGGGGAAAUCUCAGGCCAAACUAAAAUCACCCCAGUUCUUCGCUGUAACCCUGACUUCUUAGAACUUUCAUUGCAUGUUUUAUUCACACACAAAGCUGAGCCUAACCCUGCCCUGAAAGGUUUGAGAUUAUUAUCCCUUUCCAUCCUUGUCUCCAGGAACCGAAAUCGGCCACCCCAGUAAACCUCCGCCUAUCCCUCGAACCACUAUGAAGCCCCGGGUCCCAGACCGGCCGCCCAAGAACCCAACGUACGGCCCCAACAUCUGUGACGGGAGAUUUGACACCAUCGCUGUGCUAAGGGGCGAGAUGUUUGUCUUCAAGGUUAGCCCAGUGUGGGGAGCAUAAUCAGAGCCUUAGGCUGUGGGGAGGGCAAAGCAGAGAGGGGAGGUUAUGAGUUUGUAGGAAGGGUGAUAGCCCUGCUUUGGAGCCAUCUCUGAAAAUGCUAUUAUUUGGGUUUAUGUUUGCUACAUAAAAGAGAUAGAUUCAUCAUUAUGCGACAAGAUUUUCUUUGGGGGGAACCCUGAACUCUGCAACCUGUAUAUGGAAUACGGAGAUUUAGCAUUUUUCUUAUUUUGCGUAAUUUAUUAAGCCUCUAUUAGUCAUGGUUGCAGACUAAGGUGUAUGUAGGCCUCUGAUACCCGUUCCCUUGAUAGCUACUGACAUUCUAAGUGGAAUCUCCACAAACACAGGCUUAAUAUUUGCUAUGUAUUUUCAAGCUUGUCUGUUUAACCUUAAGGGCUGAAAAUGUUGUUUUUUUAAAAAUUUAAUAGUCAGAAUGUAGAAACCAGUACCCAACAUCAACUUUCAUUAGUAACCAACGUCAGCCCAAACCCAGCCUGACUGUGGAAUUGCAAAAGCGUGCAAGCACCAGCUAUUAUUGCAGCAUCCAUUAGCAUCAAUAUCCUCAUGCAUGGACCCACCGAUCUAAGUACGCAGGGCAAUUUAAACACUGUUUUACAUCAUUUGACGCAUUUGGAAACUCGCUGCUUUCCAGGACAAAUGGUUUUGGAGAGUCCGGAAUAACCGUGUGAUGGACGGGCACCCUCUCCCUAUCGGCCAGUUCUGGGUUGGUCUCCCCUCAAUAAUCAACACAGCCUAUGAGAGGAAAGACGGCAAAUUCGUAUUCUUUAAAGGUUGGUGGACUGUUAUGAAUGGUUUGCUUCCGAAGGCAGCAAGGUCUUCCUCAGUGUGGGAUGCCAAUACGUUACAUAACUAAAUAUAUUAUUCCCCCGUUCCCAAAUUUUAUUAUUAUUAUUAUUACUGUGAUUUAUAUACCUUUUAAUUGCUGAGGUGGGCUGUGCAGCUGUCCUGCCAAAGUCCCUUGCAUGGGAAAACAGCCUUGCAGGCCAAAUUGGGACCUGUGCCGGGCUAAAUUUGGCCUGUAAGUCAAAGCACCCCACCAUGAUUCUUUGUGGUGUUUGACGGGGGUGGAAGUUUGGUCCUCUGGCUAGGGAAUGCUAGAUGUGGUUAAGGCUGCUGGUGUAUCUUGGGAAAUCAGGUGGCCUUCCUUCUUUCAGGGGACAAGCAUUGGGUCUUCAAUGAGGCCACCUUGGAACCCGGCUACCCAAAGCACAUCAAGGAGCUGGGCAGAGGGCUUCCCACAGACCGGAUCGACGCCGCUCUUUUCUGGAUGCCGAGUGGGAAAACCUAUUUCUUCCGGGGAGACAAGUGAGUUAGCGAUAAGCUGUUGUGGCCCACUAAAGCGGCUCACAUUCUGCACCCAGCAACCACACUUCUUACCCAGCGAACGGUUGAAAUCUUUUCAGCUUCAAGACUUCUAGUCAUUGGCUUUGCCAGGUGAAAAUGCGGGAGGAUUUGGGUAAUGAGCGCCGGCUGUUUUGAGGGAAGAAACCACUGGGUGGUUCAUUGAGUCCUUUGUCCCUGCACCCAGGUCAGAAGGGUGAUUUGCACGUCAGGACUGCUGCAGAAAUCCCUGUGGCUUUGCCCUGCCUGGGCACAUUUCACCAUCUCUCAUGUCCCUGGACCCACACUCAGGAUCCACCUGCCUGCUCGGCAGGCGAGACAGGCUGGCGGCAACCUUCAGUCAGCUUCCCGCGGCCCUCCACUGUGCCGCAGGACACCUGUGUCGAGCCUGGGCCCAAAACUCUGCCUGCAUACAUCUGCUGUGGCUCCUUGGGACCAAAACAGAGUUGGAAGAGGUUGGAGGUCUCACAGCCAAGCCCCUUUGCUCAGCGGUCCCACCCCUAUCCAUCAUGGUCUUUCGAAGCAUUCUGUGCACGAGUGUCUGAAUCUCAUUGCUGUGUCCAGGAGGCCAUGUGCAGAGAGGGUUGCCAUGCAAUGGCAGCUUCCCUGGGCAGAGUGGAGGGAAAUUGCUGUAGUUUCUCGGAGUGAAGCAGUUUGCCAGCCAAGUCUCUGUGGGAAGCGAGUGGUCAUUGUGAGACCCUUUUUGUGAGCUGGCUGGCAACGCAGUCAUUUUUGUUUUCCAUGCAUAAUUUUUGGGAAGCUUUUUUGCAACGCACCCCGAGCCCUAGAACAGGCUGCUUGUGUAAGCGAAUGGACACAGGAGGAUAGGAAGUUGACAUAGUACUGAGUUAGGCCAUUGGGGGCCCAUCUUGUUCAGAACUGUCUUCACUGUCUGACAACAGCUCUCUAAGGUUUCAGGCAGCCCUGCUUGGAGUUGCCAGAGAUUUAACCCCUUCCGUAUGCAAGUCAGAUGCUGUAUCACCAAGCUAUAGCCCUUCCAAACAAUAUGCUACUGUGAGUUGCAGGGGGGAGGCAAAGAGGUGAAGAUCAGGGCAUGGAAGCAAAUUCUGCUCCCGCAGCUAACUAGGAAUCUUCCUCUUCCUUCCCUUCUGGGUUCUGUAAUUUCACAAGUCAACACCUGCACAUUUCCAAGCCUGUCUUCACAUUCUUGAGGGCGAAGAGAUUGGCUUUUAUUUCAAAAGAACAGCAACUGAGAUUGUCAGGAUGCUGAACGCUGCACCUGCUCUCAGAAUCUCUGCGUUGCAUGAUCACAUUGAGAGAUAGGCCAGCAUAAAAGUGUUUCUGGUUCCUUAUUAAACCUAAAGGUUUAGCUCUUUUUCAGCUAUGGUUGCCAGUUUGCUGUGUGCAAGUUAGUAGCCCUGCAGACCUCAAAAUACUGCCCAGGGCAAAAAGUUCCAAGUCAAGGCAGUGGAAUGUUCUUCUGAAUAAAUUUAGCUUGGGCUGCACACUGCAGAUGUUUUACCUGUCUUGCUCAAUGACACCAAAGAUCCAACAACUGCAGGCACGAGAUAUUCCAUAUAUUCUUAGAUUGCAGUUUUCUGAGCACUGGCCAUGCUUGCUGAAAGGGUUGGUGGGAGUUUUCCACCCUUGGUCUAACCCUUUCUAAAGGCCCUCUUAGCCACAUCAUGCAAUCUUGAAUUCCAAUUUAAGGCAUUGUCUGGCCACCAGAGGGAGGUUUGAUCACUGCUGCUGCAGCUUUCUUGCUCAUCCCGUCAGGGGGUUUUGCUACAAAGAGGGAAGCAAUUACUUUUCUCUUUCUGCUCUGCAGUCUUUUUAACACGGCGUUCUUUUUCAUUCUUCAGAUAUUACCGCUUCAACGAAGAGAGCCGAACGGUCGAGCCCGGCUACCCCAAACACAUUUCUGUCUGGGAAGGGAUCCCUGAGUCACUCCGGGGGGCUUUUAUGGGCAGCGAUGAGGGUGAGAAAGGGGGAGCGGAGGGGCGCUAUUGGGUGGGAAGAAAAGGGGGUGAUGAAAAGGCUCCACUUUCUAACACAAAGCUAGGAAGGAUGCAGCCCACCUGAUACUGACUUAUGUAAGAAGCAGCUGCCAACAUUCUGUGACCAAGAAAGAGUGAACGGGAGGCACACAAAUAAAACUGGAUGGUAUUGUGCAGAUAGGGUCAGGAUUUGAUGCCUAAUAGCUGGAGUCAUUGUAGCAGGGAGCUUAAUCAGCAGCCACCAUAUUGCAGCUAUGCAGAAAAAGCUGAAUUGCUCAACUCUAGGACAUUGUUAUGCAUUCAUUGCUUAUUAUUAAGGGAGUGCACGGUUUCCCUUCAGAACUAUCCUUGUGAGGCAGAUGAGGCUGAGAGACAUGGGCUGGCCUAAGGGUCACCCAGUGAGGAUCAUGGCUGAGAGAGUGAUUUCAACGGGAGCAGGCCCAGCCCUCGUCCAAUAUUGCCUCUCCUCACCGUUGCAGUGAAGGCAAUGCCUGCCCUGUCCCCUGAUGUUGGCAGAGGGUAGCCUGGCCUCAGCCACAGGAAUCUCCUGAAGAAAUGCAAUGCACCUAGGUGCAUAGAUUAUGCAAAGAAUGCCUUCCAGGUGCUUCUAGUGUGAAAAUCAACCCCCUGCACACUCAGCCAUUCAAAAGGCGUCCCGUUUUAAUGACUAAUAAUCGUUUGAGCCUUCAUGAAAGAUGGCUGAUGCGAUACCGUUGACCGCCAUUGUGGAGUUAAUGUUGUGUUCCUAAAAUGAUUCAGCGGGUUGCAGCUGGUAAUCGUUUAUUAAAACAUGAAUUUUUCAUUAUGUGAAUUUUUUUUAAAGGAAGCUUUACCCUUCCCAACUCUGAUCAGGAAGCCAUUUUGCUACAAUGAAAUGUAAAAUGCUUUAAAAAGUGAUUACAGGGUUGAAUUGAAAUCCAGCCGUAAAAACUUGUUGAUCUGGAACCAAAGGUUAUUUUUACGAAUUUCUAACGUGAAAUGAAAGUGAAGAUUCAGAUAGGAAACAUUUUGCUUUCAGAAUAAUGAAACUCUUCACUGUGAAAUACCAUUUUUCUCACAAAAAAAGUCUCAGAUGAAAUAAAACAUUGCCUUUAUAAUUUACAUAUGCCUUUAUAAUUGACACAUUGGUGUCAAAAUCCAAAGGGAAGAUCUGAAAUUUGGGCCACGAAUUCUCCAAAUGUACUCAAAAUGGGGGGCAGAAAAUGGAAUUCGGAUUCCAAAGCUUAAUCUGCAAAACACAGGCAAAUAUCACUUGAAUUCCAAAUAUGCAUACGAAAUAAAACGUGCUUUGCAGGGUCCUCAACUUGAAACUGAAAAUUAACUUUGAAGUAGCCACCAGACAGAUCCUGCAUCCCUGCCUCAGAUGGGUUUACAAAUUAAAAGUGGGAUUCAGAAUUUCACAAAACCCAUUUUGAAUUUUAUUUUAUUGGAAAUGAUCCCAUUGAUAACCUUUUCCUUUGCUGUUAUAACUGACUCUCAUUUUCUUCCCUGUUUCUUGACCACCCCCUAUUCCUCCCCUGUAUAGUUUUCACCUACUUUUACAAGGGAGACCGUUACUGGAAGUUCAACAACGAGAAGCUGAAGGUAGAGCCAGGGUACCCCAAGUCUGUGCUCCGAGACUGGAUGGGAUGCAGCUCGGGCGGCGACCGCCAGGAAGACGGCGAGGAGGUCAUCAUCAUCGAGGUGGACAAUGCGGAAGCAGGGGAGGUGAACGCAGCCGCUGUGGUGUUGCCCAUCCUCCUUCUGCUCACCAUCUUUGCCCUGGGGAUCGCCCUGUUCAUCUUCAAGCGCUACGGCACGCCCAAGCGGUUGCUGUAUUGCCAGCGUUCCCUGCUGGACAAGGUGUGACAAGGCGAGCUCCCUCGCUGGGCUGGGAGCACCAGGGCCCUCCUGUCUCCCUCGCCUUGGCCACCAUCUCUCCUCCGGUGCUUCUUUCGUGAACCCUUUUGCCCUAGUCGCCACACUCUUCCUUCUCUGCCUUUCCCCGGUGCUGCCCUGCCGCCAUUUUGUCCUCCCUGCGUUCCUCUUCUUGCCUUCGUUCUGCCACUGCUCCUUGCGUGCUGCUUCCUUAAGCCAUGUCCCGAUCUCCUCUUCUCCACUUCCAUUUCCUCCUGCUGCAUCCUUUCCCCUGGUCCUGUUCUCCCUCCUUCCUCUCCUCUCCUCUCCUCCCCACCUCUCCUCCUUCUCGGUCUCUUCACAUCCCCUCCACCCCCAGCAGGUGCGCUGAGCAUGCUCAUCAUGAGUGUAACUUGAGGAGGCGAAAGAGGACCUUCUUCCCCCAUGCUGGUUUCGGUCUCCGCCCGACCCCCGUCGCAGUGCACCCCUUGACCUCCGCUCGGGAAAAGGAGACUUCGCUUUGAUCUGCCAACCUGCAAGGCAGGGGGAUAAGAUGGCACACUGUGAAUGCCCACCAAGGCCCCACCCCCACCCCAUGAUCUCCCAUGGGUGGGAUCGAGGUUAAAUUAUCACGGCGACCCUCCCAAGUAUCCGCUGUUGUUAAUGCCGCCCACCUUCUUUCAGGGUCACAUGGGAAUGAAGGAUGGGCAGAAGGAUGGGUGCCCUCUAUUAGGAGUGAUGGGAGGGGAGCUGCAGGUUUCAGCCUCGUGGUGGGUGGAGCUAUGCAGACGAAAUAGGGAAGCUGCAGAAUUUGGGGGCGGGGCAACGUAGCACGGCAUUCCAAAAAGGGAACUCGUUUUAUCAUUCCAUUGGGUGUGGCUUGAAACGGAGGGAGGAGCCAUGGCUGACCAAUAGAAGCGCUUAUGUAGAUGACCCAACAGGGAGGGCCCUUGGUGGAAGACAAGGGGCGGGGUUUAAAAUGUGGGGCGUGGCACGACAGCUUAUACCUUUUGGAGGUGGGGAAGCAUCUUAAAGGGCCAAACCUUGGGAAAGUGGAGGUCUCCCACGCAGCAGAGGUGGAGUUGGCCACCUCUGAAUGCAACAGAGAGUGGGGCAAGUUUAGGAGCAGGAGGAAAGGGAAGGGUGGUUGUGGCGGUUGGUCUGGAGGUGGAGGUAGAGGAGGAGGAGGUGUGGAAUGGGAUGGAGGUGGUCAGCACGGUUCAAAUGAUUUUGCAUAAAUGUUUACUCCAAUGUCUGAUUAUAACUGCAUGAAGUUUACAGUUGUCACUUCCAAUCCAUUCUGGAUUCUUAAAAAAAAACCAAACAAAGCAAAGUAGCAAUUUCCAAAAACGGGGUGGGGGGGGAGAGUGGAAGAAAGAUUCCUAUUGCACCAGAGAACUGCCUCAAACUGCCUUAUCCUCCUUUCUUAGGGAAAAUGUUUAAUUUUGUUUGUUUGUUGAAUAUGUAAUUUUUUAAUUAUUCUAUAGAAAUGCCUUUUUUGAAAAAAGAAAGUUUAAAAUAGUGCAUUAACAGGGUGGGGAAAUCAGAAUAGGGGUGGGAGACGGAACCCCCAAAUCCUGCAGGCCGGGAACGAGGUAUCUAAACUCUCUCCUAUUCAGACCAUUUUCCAUUGGGGGUGGGGGAGGGCGUGUCUGAAUUCUGGGUCUUGUGUUUUCAAAUGGUCUCCAAACGGAAUUAAACUGUGUUUAACGAUACAUUUGGGUUUGUGGGCGGGUUUUUAAUAUUGUUUAUUGUUUCACUUUAUUGUUAUUAUUAUUUUGCUAUUAUUAAUAAACACCCAAUCUUUGGGAGGGGAAUAUAACAUACAUUGCUGGGGCCUGUAGGCUGUUUUAAAUCUGUUAUUCCUUUUAACGUUUAGCAAUAAAAACCCCCAUUUCUGGGUGGAAAUGGACUCAAAAUGCUGGGAGUUUUCAAACAUUUAUUUUAUUUUAUUUUUGUCCCCACACAAUUUGUUCAUGACUAUUUUGUUAUUAAAAAUAAUCACCAGAGAUUUUUUUUUGGAAAAAAAUAAAUGCUGGAAUUUCCCCUCCUUUUUAGUAGUAUGUUGUAUUAAAGUGUGAUUUAUAUUU